GCUGAGAGCUGCAGAGAUGAAGUGUCUCCUGAUUGCCAGUGAGAGUGCCCAGGUCCUCUUUUAUUGGACGGACAAGGACUUUGAAGCAAGACUGAGACAACGAUUUGAAGAUUCACUGGAACAACAUGGAGAGGCUCAUGCCCCUGCCUUUGAGGACAGCAUAAACACUCUAUUUGCGCCGCUUCUCAUUUCCUGCAUCACCCUGAAUGAGAAGAUUUCUGACACGUACACCUCCUUUAUCAGUGAGAACAACUACCUCUUCGCAGUUCACCAGUUUGGUGAGUGCACUUAUAUCGCAGUGAAUGGAGAUGGUUCAGAGAAUGAAGACUAUUUGAGACGGAAGAUUUUUGUGCUGAAGAAGAUUAUAGAUUUGCGUUUUGGUUUGGUGACCUUGGAUGCUACCGUCCUAAAGAAAGUGUUAAGGCCCCAAGACACUGAGCAACGGUAUAAGGUAUGGAAGAUGCUUCAAGACCUGCUGAUCACGUACAGCCAUCUGAGGGGGGAAGACCAGAGUUUCCUUGUGGAGGCUGUGGAACGCCUGAUCCACCCCCAGCUCUGUGAGCAGACCAUCGAGUUUCUGGACCGAAAGUUGGUGCAGCAGAUAAACAGUAGUUUGGAGAGGGCUAAUGAAGAGGUAGUGCACACCUUUAUCCUAGUCCACACCAAGCUCCUGGCAUUCUUUUCAAGUCAACAGUUGCACCAUGUAGACUUGCAGAGCUUCCAUGAUUUGGAGAACCACCCAGAAACUGAAGAAUUAAUACCUCUGAGCUGUCACCUGCUGCACAAGGAGAAGGUUGCAGAAGGCACACAGCAGGCUCUUGAAUCAUCUUCAGGGAAUUCUGUUCUAAGAGUUUUCCUGGAUGCCAGUUUAAAGGAUAAUUACUGCCCCAUGAUGCCUCACAACAUGUAUUGUAUGUCCCUUUGGCCUAGGAUCACUCUGGUGCUGCUCACUAAGGUUCCCAACAGUCAAGUUGCAGUGUCUUUGUAUCAUCUCUUGGAUGCAUUCACUGUGCUGGAGGCCAGACUGAGUGAGGGACAGGAGCUCGGAUACUCUUCUCGUAAUAAUCCCAACAUGUCAGACCUGAGGCAAAAGAUGGAUAAAUUCAUAAAGGCUAUUGGAGUCCUAAAGCAGCAGUUGCAAUCUGCCUGGAUAGACUUCAAGAACAAAGCAUUUUCUAAAGUCGACGCUGGAAAUCCUCAGGAUCUGUUGCAGGCAUGUCGGAACGUGAAGAGCCAAUUGUGUUUGGUUUAUCAGCAUUACUUCCUGUUAAAACCUGCAGGGGAUUCUCAGCAUUUGACUAUCGAGUUGCAAACCAAGAUGCAAAAAAUUGUCCAGGAGAAGCUGAUGGACUGGAAGGAUUUCCUUUUGGUAAAGAGCAAGAGGAACACCACCAUGAUCUCCUACCUACAAGACUUCCCUGGACUGAUCCAUUUCAUUUACGUGGAUAGGACAGCGGGCCAAAUGAUUGCACCUUCCUUAAGUAUAUCUGAAAAAUCCACAGAGCUGGGGAAAGGACCAAUGGCUGCAUUCAUUAAAAACAAGGUGUGGUCUCUGGUUGGCAUGGGCCUCCGAUACUUGCAGAAGGGGUAUACCACUCUGACAUUCCGUGAUGGAGAUUACUACUGCUGUUAUUUCCUCUGGUUUGAGAAUGAAGUUGGAUACAAGUUACCAGUCAUAGAGCUGCCAGUGCUGUCGGAUGACUCUGCUCCCAUUGGGAUGUUGACUGGAGAUUAUUACAGGAAGCUGCUGCGAUACUAUGGCAAGAACCACAGCUUGGAAAUGAUAAAGUGCUUUGAGCUGUUCACUAUCCAUCUUGGUGUCAUUCCUACAGAGUUUAUCAUUCAGCAAUGCUGUGAUCUGGCACGCAAGUUAUGGGAGCCUUCUCGUAUCCCCCUCUUCUGAAGUAAUACCAAAGAGGAAGCACUGGAGGUGUGGUGAAAGGUUUUCUGUUAGUGGAGAUGGCUGGCCCUCUGAAAAUUUGCUCUUUAUUUGAAAUGGCUGGAUAUUUUCUGAUUUUCUUUGUCACCAGUGGAAACUGUUAUCAAAUAGCUUGGCUCCAGUUACUACUAGGCAUACACACUCAAUUUUUAUUUUGAGACACUACAACUGGAGAUGAGUGAGGAGCAAUGUGGUGGAGUACAGAGUCUGAGUAGAUGGAUCUGGGUUUGACUUCCUUGCUCUUCCCCCUCACUCUGGGUGUUAAUGACCAAUCCAGAGUCUGGUGUGGGGCAACAUGAAGGAUGAGAUUCGAUCCAGGAUCAAGAGAGCAGAAGCAGAAUGGAACUGGUUACCACCAAUCCCAGUGUGUGGGGAAUUACCCCAACCUGGUGUUGGCAGAGUUUCUUUUCAAGAAAGCAGAUGGGGAUCAAACUGAGAGCUGAGUCUGGGUGUCUUAUCUGUACUUUGUAUCUGAGAGAGGUCACCCCUUUGCUGCUUCUCUCCCUCUCACACACAUUUCCCCACCUGUGAAUAUAUCCUUUGCCCAGUUAAAAAGUAAUGCAGGAGCUAUUGUGAAUAUUCCACAGCAACCCAGUCAUUGAGCAGGUUGUAAUAUGAAAUCAUCUACUCAUUAAAUAUUUGUUUCAGUUAUGUCAAUGAAAUAUCAGUGGACCUUUGGACCAAGCAAGGGAGCUCAAGACUCUAAAGUACAGGGAUUCUGCUGGAUACAAGUUGGGCACCCUGUGAUUGGUUAUUUUUAUGAAAUCAAGUGAAUAUAUUUUUGUAAGUCAAUAGACACGAUCAAUGUAUUUAAAAAUAAACGCACUGCUUCUCACUUUGAUCGUGACUGUUAACGACAUUUGGUUGCGAUUUUGUGCAUUACUUGUCCCAGAGGCACAAAUUUGAUGGAAAGUGUAAAAUAUAUAAGACAUUUCUAAAACAAAAAGCAAACAGGUAGAAAGAUUCAGCAGUGCUGGGAACAGCUGGAGUGGGAACACUCAGUGAAAAAUCAAACCAGCCGCAGAUGCUGGAAAUCUAAAAUAAAAACAAAAAAUGCUGGGGAAUACUCAGGCCACAGCUGUGAGAGGAGAAAUAGUCGAUGUUUCGGGUCGAAGAUCCUUUGACAGAACUGGGAAGGAGACAGAAGAAGCUGCAAGGAGGGUGAUGUCUCUGAUACAGUAAAACCAGGGUGACCAUGUGUACCUAGUCUCAGAUGAUCAAAUACUUGCUAGGGCUGCCAUAAACUGGUAGAAAAAGUUUUUGUCAAGAUAUCCAUGAAGGACACAAUAGCCAGUUCAUGGGAUUAACAAAAGUGACAUAACGGGUUGUCAUCAGAACCUAGUCCUGAUGAAGAUUUUUGACUGAAAACAUCAAUUGUCCUUUACCGUCCAUAGCUGCUGCCUGACUCGUUGAGUUCCUCUGGUUCCUUUGUGUUGCUGCAGAUUUCCAACAUCUCACGUCUCCAAACCAAAGUCUUCUUGGGCAAAGUGACUCAAUUAUAGCACACGGGUGCUAACAGGAUUAUCAAUGGAAUUAAUCUGCAAGGGAUUUCCCUCAUAAUGGAGAAAGAUUGCCUCUCUGAACCUCCACACUCUGUGUAUUGUUAGAGCAAGUUCAUAAACUUCCAGCAACCUUGACUGGCUCCAAUCCAUCUGUUUAGCUUGAUGCUAAAAGCAUUAGAUAAUAAUUUUGAAUGUCACACACAACACUUAAUGUUGAAUUGGAAAUGGAAUGAUGAAAUGUGAUUAACUUAACCAAAAGCAGAAAAAUCAGUCGGAAAAUUAUACACUGCUAGCCAAAUAAUCAUUCUCCUGUACUGACCCGGUGUCUAUAUGACCUUUCCAAAAACAGUGUGCUCUAAAAAUAAAACCACUAAAUUUGGCAGUGGUGAGUAAAGAUUAGAUAAUGUUAGUUUUCAGUUAGGGAAAAAGAGUAAAUAAUUGGAUGUACCGUUUCAGAGCCAGGACAAGUUUGGUGGGUCCAAUGACUUCUACAGUAGGAUGCUAUGAUUGCAUGCAUACAACUGUAGUCAACCAGAGCUAGAAGCACUAUUGAAGUAGGCUCUCCUUAAAUAGGAACAGGAGGGUAUCUAAGCAGAAACAUGCCUCAAUAAAUCUCUGCUGUUCCCUGCACACUCUUGCUCAAUUCUGCUAUAGAUUCUCUCCAGAUACUGACGAUGUUAAUAAUUGUAAAUUCCCAGUUGAAUGGAUGUAGAUAGCUUAGACAUACUGGAGCCCUUUGCUUCUAGCUAACACCAUACCUUGAAGUAAAGGGCUCUGGUAUGUUUAAGAUCCGGCUUUGAUCAGAAUCUGAUAGUUAAUAGGUUUGACAGCCUAGUUGCAACAAAUGUAAUAUUUAGAGCUGAGAAUUUAUAAGUCCUUUCAACCCAGUAUGUUUUCAGUAAUUGUGAACAGGCAACUGAUGCAUAGUAAUAUCUGUAAUCAAGCCUUUGGACGAACCUAGGCUAUCCUGAGCUGUACAAUACAUUUUUAAGCUCAAUAAAGACCAGUCACCUGA